AGAGAGAGAGAGAGAGAGAGAGAGAGAGAGAGAGAGAGAGAGAGAGAGAGAGAGAGAGAAAGCAAGUCUGGACUCGUGUGUUCCAGAUGAGUGAGUGAAACCUCUCCAGAGAAGGAAAUAGAGACCACAGAGAGAGAAGAGGACCAAACCAGGCUGUCAGAAUGUCUACCACCGCCACCAUGGGAGAAAUGGCUAACAGUGCUGUUGAGUUCUACCCUAAAGGCCGGGGCCGAGGUGGAGGUGGGAAGGAGGAGGGUAACAAUGCUGCAGGGGGAGAUUUUGGGGUGACGGUGGAGGAGCUCAGGGAUCUGAUGGAGCUCCGGGGAGGGGAAGCCAUCCAGAAGAUACAGGAGGCGUACGGAGGCUCAGAGGGCCUGGCCACUAAACUGCUCACCAACACUAUUGACGGUCUGUCAGGUGACCAGGCGGACCUGGAUCGUCGUAGCAAGUCAUUCGGUCAGAACUUCAUCCCUCCUAAACAGCCCAAGACCUUCCUGGAGCUGGUCUGGGAAGCUCUUCAAGACGUCACUCUUAUCAUCCUGGAGGUGGCAGCUAUCAUCUCCCUGGGCCUGUCCUUCUACCAACCCCCCGGAGAUGACACUGAGGCGUGUGGUAACGUGUCGGGAGGGGCAGAGGAUGAGGGCGAGGCUGAAGCCGGGUGGAUUGAGGGCGCCGCCAUCUUGCUGUCCGUCGUCUGCGUGGUCCUGGUGACGGCCUUCAACGAUUGGUCUAAAGAGAAACAGUUCCGUGGGCUACAGAGCAGGAUAGAACAGGAGCAGCGCUUCGCUGUGGUACGGAAAGGAAACGUGAUCCAGAUACCUGUAGCUGACAUGGUGGUGGGGGACAUGGCUCAGGUCAAAUACGGAGACCUGUUGCCAGCGGAUGGUGUCCUGAUCCAGGGAAAUGACCUGAAGAUAGAUGAGAGUUCUCUGACUGGGGAAUCAGACCACGUUGGGAAGACUGUGGACAAAGACCCAAUGCUGCUCUCUGGUACCCAUGUGAUGGAGGGUUCAGGCAGGAUGCUGGUAACUGCUGUGGGGGUCAACUCUCAGACCGGUAUCAUCUUUACACUGCUGGGGGCCGGAGAGGGGGAGGAGGAAGAGGAGGAGGAGGAUGACAAGAAGAAGAAGGGGAAGCAGCCCGAAGUGGUGGUGGAGAACAACCAGAAUAAAGCCAAGAAGCAGGACGAGGCUGUAGCCAUGGAGAUGCAGCCUCUGAAGAGUGCAGAGGGAGGAGAGGUGGAGGACAAGAAGAGAGUCAACACAACAAAGAAGGAGAAGAGUGUUCUACAGGGUAAACUCACCAAACUGGCUGUGCAGAUUGGGAAAGCAGGCCUGGUGAUGUCAGCUAUAACGGUGCUCAUCUUGGUGCUGUAUUUUGUCAUCCAGACGUUCGUAAUAGAAGGUCGUGUGUGGCUAGCAGAGUGUACUCCAGUCUAUGUCCAGUACUUCGUCAAGUUCUUCAUCAUCGGAGUGACUGUGUUGGUGGUGGCUGUACCUGAGGGCCUGCCGCUCGCUGUCACCAUAUCACUGGCCUACUCUGUCAAGAAAAUGAUGAAGGAUAAUAACCUGGUGCGUCACCUGGAUGCGUGUGAGACGAUGGGGAACGCCACGGCCAUCUGCUCCGACAAGACCGGCACUCUGACCACCAACCGCAUGACUGUCGUACAGACCUUCCUAGGUGACCAGCACCACCGGUCAGUUCCGGAACCAGAACAGGUCAACCCCAAGACUCUGGAACUACUGGUCAACGCCAUCGCUAUCAACAGUGCCUACACGUCCAAGAUCAUGCCUGCAGACCAGGAGGGGGGUCUAGCUAAGCAGGUGGGGAACAAGACAGAGUGUGGCCUGCUGGGCUUCGUUCUGGACCUACAGCAAGACUACAGCGCUGUCCGAGACCGGGUCCCUGAGGAACAACUAUUCAAGGUGUAUACCUUUAACUCGGUGCGUAAGUCCAUGUCCACGGUGGUGCAGCAACGAGACGGAUCCUUCAGACUCUACAGUAAAGGAGCUUCUGAGAUACUACUGAAGAAGUGUUCGUAUAUCAUGGACGCUCAUGGCGAGCCACGUAAUUUCAGACCCAGAGACAGGGAGGAGAUGGUGAAACAGGUGAUAGAGCCGAUGGCGUGUGAAGGGUUAAGGACGAUCUGUAUCGCAUUCCGAGACCUUCCAUCCAAUCCCGAGCCAGACUGGGACAACGAGGAGGACAUCGUUACUCAGCUGACCUGUCUCACUGUGGUGGGCAUAGAGGACCCUGUACGACCUGAGGUGCCUGAUGCAAUUCGUAAGUGUCAGAAAGCGGGCAUCUGCGUAAGGAUGGUCACAGGAGACAACAUCAACACAGCCAGGGCCAUAGCGGCUAAAUGUGGCAUCAUCCAUCCUGGAGAAGACUUCCUGUGUAUCGACGGCAAGGAGUUCAACCGGAGAAUUAGGAACGAGAAAGGAGAGGUAGAGCAGGAGCGGAUCGACAAGGUCUGGCCUAAACUACGAGUCCUCGCUCGCUCCUCCCCCACCGACAAACACACGCUGGUCAAAGGCAUCAUGGACAGCACUGUGUUGGAGCUGAGGCAGGUUGUCGCGGUAACCGGAGACGGGACAAAUGACGGGCCGGCACUGAAGAAGGCCGACGUGGGCUUUGCCAUGGGUAUAGCCGGUACAGACGUGGCCAAGGAGGCGUCUGACAUCAUAUUAACGGACGAUAACUUCAGCAGCAUAGUGAAGGCUGUGAUGUGGGGGAGGAAUGUCUACGACAGCAUCUCCAAGUUCCUCCAGUUCCAGCUGACUGUCAACGUGGUGGCUGUCAUAGUGGCCUUCACUGGGGCCUGCAUCACACAGGACUCUCCUCUGAAAGCAGUCCAGAUGUUAUGGGUCAACCUCAUCAUGGAUACCUUCGCCUCUCUUGCCCUAGCAACAGAACCCCCCACAGAGUCCCUGUUGCUACGUAAACCCUACGGCCGCAACAACCCUCUCAUCUCCUUGACGAUGUUGAAGAACAUUCUGGGUCACGGAGUCUACCAGCUCAUCAUUAUCUUUAGUCUCCUGUUUAUAGGAGAGCGUAUCUUUAACAUAGACAGUGGUCGUAACGCUCCGCUCCACUCCCCUCCGUCAGAACACUACACCAUCAUUUUCAACACCUUCGUCCUCAUGCAGCUCUUUAAUGAGAUCAACGCCAGGAAGAUCCACGGAGAACGCAACGUCUUCGACGGAAUCUUCUCUAACCCCAUCUUCUGUUCCAUAGUGUUCGGGACCUUAGUCAUCCAGGUGGUGAUCGUCCAGUGGGGAGGCAAGCCGUUCAGCUGUGCUCCUCUCAGCGUGGAACAGUGGCUGUGGUGUCUGUUCGUUGGAGUGGGAGAAUUACUCUGGGGACAGGUGAUCGCCACGGUACCCAGCGACCAAUUACCAUGUCUGAAGGAGGCGGGGGCAGCGAUGGCGGCGGUGGAGGAAGAGGAAGAGAUGGACGAUGGAGACGAAGAGGGAGAGAUCGACUGUGCUGAGAGAGAGCUACGACGAGGACAGAUACUGUGGUGUAGAGGACUCAACCGCAUACAGACACAGAUGCGUGUAGUCAAUGCCUUCCGUACCAACGUGUACGAGACCCGAGAGAAAACGGAAUCGCGGAACUCCAUCCAUAACUUCAUGGCUCACCCAGAAUUCCUGAUCAAUGACCUCAUUCACAACAUCCCUCUGAUCGACGACACAGACAUCGACGAGGAGUCAGAGCUGAGUCGAUACCAGCACCACCUCCACCCCGCCCUCCGCAAGCCCCCUCCACCCCCCGCCCAGCCCCCCUCCUCCUCCCGCUCCCGCCCGCCAAGGCCCUACCGACAACACAGUCUCCCCGUCACCCCUACCAACAUAAACAACAACGCAACACUGGUCACCUUUGGCAACACAAACAACAAGGCUGUCUCACCAGGCAACCGAUGCAUCAAUUAUGAAGUUGCAACCAGAGCUACAACUGCGCUAGGGGUAACAGGCUCCUAGCCCCCUCCUCCUGUCCUCCUCCUCUACUGCUUUCAGACAUCCUUAUAACUCAUGGACAGAUGCAGGCAGGAAAGGACAGACAGACUGACAGGCAGGAGAGGAGAGAGAGAGGCAGACAGGGAGAAGAGACAAUAGACAGACGUUUCAAAGGAGAACAUUUUUUCACCAUCAGAGAGGAGGGGUGUAAAAGGAGUCUAGGUUCUGACUGGAGGGAGAAGUUAAGCCCUUCCUUCCUGCCUCUUUUCUUAUCGCUAUGACCAGGCUACUAUACCACAGGAGAGAGGAGGAGUGAUCUGCUAUGACCAGGCUACUAUACCACAGGAGAGAGGAGGAGUGAUCUGCUAUGACCAGGCUACUAUACCACAGGAGCGAGGAGGAGUGAUCUGAUAUGACCAGGCUACUAUACCACAGGAGAGAGGAGGAGUGAUCUGCUAUGACCAGGCUACUAUACCACAGGAGAGAGGAGGAGUGAUCUGCUAUGACCAGGCUACUAUACCACAGGAGAGAGGAGGAGUGAUCUGCUAUGACCAGGCUACUAUACCACAGGAGAGAGGAGGAGUGAUCUGCUAUGACCAGGCUACUAUACCACAGGAGAGAGGAGGAGUGAUCUGCUAUGACCAGGCUACUAUACCACAGGAGAGAGGAGGAGUGAUCUGCUAUGACCAGGCUACUAUACCACAGGAGAGAGGAGGAGUGAUCUGCUAUGACCAGGCUACUAUACCACAGGAGAGAGGAGGAGUGAUCUGCUAUGACCAGGCUACUAUACCACAGGAGAGAGGAGGAGUGAUCUGCUAUGACCAGGCUACUAUACCACAGGAGAGAGGAGGAGUGAUCUGCUAUGACCAGGCUACUAUACCACAGGAGAGAGGAGGAGUGAUCUGCUAUGACCAGGCUACUAUACCACAGGAGAGAGGAGGAGUGAUCUGCUAUGACCAGGCUACUAUACCACAGGAGAGAGGAGGAGUGAUCUGCUAUGACCAGGCUACUAUACCACAGGAGAGAGGAGGAGUGAUCUGCUAUGACCAGGCUACUAUACCACAGGAGAGAGGAGGAGUGAUCUGCUAUGACCAGGCUACUAUACCACAGGAGAGAGGAGGAGUGAUCUGCUAUGACCAGGCUACUAUACCACAGGAGAGAGGAGGAGUGAUCUGCUAUGACCAGGCUACUAUACCACAGGAGAGAGGAGGAGUGAUCUGCUAUGACCAGGCUACUAUACCACAGGAGAGAGGAGGAGUGAUCUGCUAUGACCAGGCUACUAUACCACAGGAGAGAGGAGGAGUGAUCUGCUAUGACCAGGCUACUAUACCACAGGAGAGAGGAGGAGUGAUCUGCUAUGACCAGGCUACUAUACCACAGGAGAGAGGAGGAGUGAUCUGCUAUGACCAGGCUACUAUACCACAGGAGAGAGGAGGAGUGAUCUGCUAUGACCAGGCUACUAUACCACAGGAGAGAGGAGGAGUGAUCUGCUAUGACCAGGCUACUAUACCACAGGAGAGAGGAGGAGUGAUCUGCUAUGACCAGGCUACUAUACCACAGGAGAGAGGAGGAGUGAUCUGCUAUGACCAGGCUACUAUACCACAGGAGAGAGGAGGAGUGAUCUGCUAUGACCAGGCUACUAUACCACAGGAGAGAGGAGGAGUGAUCUGCUAUGACCAGGCUACUAUACCACAGGAGAGAGGAGGAGUGAUCUGCUAUGACCAGGCUACUAUACCACAGGAGAGAGGAGUGAUCGGACAUUACACAACUCUACAGAAAAACUCUGCAACAAAACUCAGACACUUUUCCCCCCUCAUCUCCUUCCCUCCUCCUCUCCUCUACUGCUCCAGUCAAACUCUUACAAUACAGCGGUGGAUCAACAGGAUCCUGGGCUGACAGGGGGGCGGAGUAACUCUGUUUUUUAUUGAUGAUUAGUACAACCCAGGGGAAAACAGCUGCCUGCUCUUUCAAGGCCGACCGGGGUACUGCAGGCAAUGUUUUCAGAAAGCAGGAUCCACCAUUAUAGUCAAUGGGAGUAUGACGAUCAUCGUGGGCAAUAUUUGUGGAUAUACCAUAUUUUUUCUACCACAAUCAUUGUACCAAUACUUGCUUCUAUUUCACCUGAUGUAUGUCCUUGAACCGAUUAUUUAAAAAUUGCGCACAGAAGAAGUUAUAAGGAUAAUAUGCAGCCUGCAGUACCCCGGGUCAGCCUAUAAGAGGGGGCAGAACUGAGCUAGCCUGCAGUACCCCAGGUCAGCCUUCAAGAGGGGGCAGAACUGAGCUAGCCUGCAGUACCCCAGGUCAGCCUACAAGAGGGGGCAGAACUGAGCUAGCCUGCAGUACCCCAGGUCAGCCUUCAAGAGGGGGCAGAACUGAGCUAGCCUGCAGUACCCCAGGUCAGCCUACAAGAGGGGGCAGAACUGAGCUAGCCUGCAGUACCACAGGUCAGCCUUCAAGAGGGGGCAGAACUGAGCUAGCCUGCAGUACCCCAGGUCAGCCUACAAGAGGGGGCAGAACUGAGCUAGCCUGCAGUACCCCAGGUCAGCCUUCAAGAGGGGGCAGAACUGAGCUAGCCUGCAGUACCCCAGGUCAGCCUACAAGAGGGGGCAGAACUGACCUAGCCUGCAGUACCCCAGGUAAGCCUUCAAGAGGGGGCAGAUCUGAGCUAGCCUGCAAAGCGUUUUUUUAUCCACGCCAAACUUGGUGCAAAAGCAUGCCCACGAGUAACCUAGCAACAUUCUAAGCUGCGCUGAUUGGUCAGAGUUCGGACCUUCCCUGUGACUAAAUGAACGUGAGAGAGGAAGAACGCUAGAGGGGGAAUCCCCGCAGAUGGGAAGUUCUGAGUUUGCUCAUGCCUGCCAUGCCACUAGCAAAAACUGUGGCCCCGUCCAAUGAUACCCCCGGGCAGGGCCAACCAGGCAGAAUAUAACCUCUCCAACGAUACCCCCGGAUAGGGCCAACCAGGCAGAAUAUAACCCCACCCACUUUGCCAAAGCACAGCCCCCACACCACGAGAGGGAUAUCAACAGACCACCAACUUACUACCCUGAGACAAGGCUGAGUAUAGUCCCCACACCACUAGAGAGAUAUCAACAGACCACUAACUUACUACCCUGAGACAAGGCUGAGUAUAGUCCCCACACCACUAGAGGGAUAUCAACAGACCACCAACUUACUACCCUGAGACAAGGCUGAGUAUAGUCCCCACACCACUAGAGAGAUAUCAACAGACCACUAACUUACUACCCUGAGACAAGGCUGAGUAUAGUCCCCACACCACUAGAGGGAUAUCAACAGACCACCAACUUACUACCCUGAGACAAGGCUGAGUAUAGUCCCCACACCACUAGAGGGAUAUCAACAGACCACUAACUUACUACCCUGAGACAAGGCUGAGUAUAGACCCCACACCACUAGAGGGAUAUCAACAGACCCCUAACUUACUACCCUGAGACAAGGCUGAGUAUAGCCCCCACACCACUAGAGGGAUAUCAACAGACCACUAACUUACUACCCUGAGACAAGGCUGAGUAUAGUCCCCACACCACUAGAGGGAUAUCAACAGACCACUAACUUACUACCCUGAGACAAGGCUGAGUAUAGUCCCCACACCACUAGAGGGAUAUCAACAGACCACCAACUUACUACCCUGAGACAAGGCUGAGUAUAGUCCCCACACCACUAGAGGGAUAUCAACAGACCACCAACUUACUACCCUGAGACAAGGCUGAGUAUAGUCCCCACACCACUAGAGGGAUAUCAACAGACCACUAACUUACUACCCUGAGACCAGGCUGAGUAUAGUCCCCACACCACUAGAGGGAUAUCAACAGACCACCAACUUACUACCCUGAGACAAGGCUGAGUAUAGUCCCCACACCACUAGAGGGAUAUCAACAGACCACUAACUUACUACCCUGAGACAAGGCUGAGUAUAGUCCCCACACCACUAGAGGGAUAUCAACAGACCACCAACUUACUACCCUGAGACAAGGCUGAGUAUAGUCCCCACACCACUAGAGGGAUAUCAACAGACCACCAACUUACUACCCUGAGACAAGGCUGAGUAUAGUCCCCACACCACUAGAGGGAUAUCAACAGACCACCAACUUACUACCCUGAGACAAGGCUGAGUAUAGUCCCCACACCACUAGAGAGAUAUCAACAGACCACCAACUUACUACCCUGAGACAAGGCUGAGUAUAGUCCCCACACCACUAGAGGGAUAUCAACAGACCACUAACUUACUACCCUGAGACAAGGCUGAGUAUAGUCCCCACACCACUAGAGAGAUAUCAACAGACCCCUAACUUACUACCCUGAGACAAGGCUGAGUAUAGUCCCCACACCACUAGAGGGAUAUCAACAGACCACCAACUUACUACCCUGAGACAAGGCUGAGUAUAGUCCCCACACCACUAGAGGGAUAUCAACAGACCACCAACUUACUACCCUGAGACAAGGCUGAGUAUAGCCCCCACACCACUAGAGGGAUAUCAACAGACCACUAACUUACUACCCUGAGACAAGGCUGAGUAUAGUCCCCACACCACUAGAGGGAUAUCAACAGACCACCAACUUGCUACCCUGAGACAAGGCUGAGUAUAGUCCCCACACCACUAGAGGGAUAUCAACAGACCACCAACUUACUACCCUGAGACAAGGCUGAGUAUAGUCCCCACACCACUAGAGGGAUAUCAACAGACCACUAACUUACUACCCUGAGACAAGGCUGAGUAUAGUCCCCACACCACUAGAGGGAUAUCAACAGACCACCAACUUACUACCCUGAGACAAGGCUGAGUAUAGUCCCCACACCACUAGAGGGAUAUCAACAGACCACCAACUUACUACCCUGAGACAAGGCUGAGUAUAGUCCCCACACCACUAGAGGGAUAUCAACAGACCACCAACUUACUACCCUGAGACAAGGCUGAGUAUAGUCCCCACACCACUAAAGGAAUAUCAACAGACCACUAACUUACUACCCUGAGACAAGGCUGAGUAUAGUCCCCACACCACUAGACGGAUAUCAACAGACCACUAACUUGCUACCCUGAGACAAGGCUGAGUAUAGUCCCCACACCACUAGAGGGAUAUCAACAGACCACCAACUUACUACCCUGAGACAAGGCUGAGUAUAGUCCCCACACCACUAGAGAGAUAUCAACAGACCACCAACUUACUACCCUGAGACAAGGCUGAGUAUAGUCCCCACACCACUAGAGGGAUAUCAACAGACCACUAACUUACUACCCUGAGACAAGGCUGAGUAUAGUCCCCACACCACUAGAGGGAUAUCAACAGACCACUAACUUACUACCCUGAGACAAGGCUGAGUAUAGUCCCCACACCACUAGAGGGAUAUCAACAGACCACUAACUUACUACCCUGAGACAAGGCUGAGUAUAGUCCCCACACCACUAGAGGGAUAUCAACAGACCACUAACUUACUACCCUGAGAUAAGGCUGAGUAUAGUCCCCACACCACUAGAGGGAUAUCAACAGACCACCAACUUACUACCCUGAGACAAGGCUGAGUAUAGUCCCCACACCACUAGAGGGAUAUCAACAGACCACUAACUUACUACCCUGAGACAAGGCUGAGUAUAGUCCCCACACCACUAGAGGGAUAUCAACAGACCACCAACUUACUACCCUGAGACAAGGCUGAGUAUAGUCCCCACACCACUAGAGGGAUAUCAACAGACCACCAACUUACUACCCUGAGACAAGGCUGAGUAUAGUCCCCACACCACUAGAGGGAUAUCAACAGACCACCAACUUACUACCCUGAGACAAGGCUGAGUAUAGUCCCCACACCACUAGAGGGAUAUCAACAGACCACCAACUUACUACCCUGAGACAAGGCUGAGUAUAGUCCCCACACCACUAGAGGGAUAUCAACAGACCACCAACUUACUACCCUGAGACAAGGCUGAGUAUAGUCCCCACACCACUAGAGGGAUAUCAACAGACCACUAACUUACUACCCUGAGACAAGGCUGAGUAUAGUCCCCACACCACUAGAGGGAUAUUAACAGACCACCAACUUACUACCCUGAGACAAGGCUGAGUAUAGUCCCCACACCACUAGAGGGAUAUCAACAGACCACUAACUUACUACCCUGAGACAAGGCUGAGUAUAGUCCCCACACCACUAGAGGGAUAUCAACAGACCACCAACUUACUACCCUGAGACAAGGCUGAGUAUAGUCCCCACACCACUAGAGGGAUAUCAACAGACCACCAACUUACUACCCUGAGACAAGGCUGAGUAUAGUCCCCACACCACUAGAGGGAUAUCAACAGACCCCUAACUUACUACCCUGAGACAAGGCUGAGUAUAGUCCCCACACCACUAGAGGGAUAUUAACAGACCACCAACUUGCUACCCUGAGACAAGGCUGAGUAUAGUCCCCACACCACUAGAGGGAUAUCAACAGACCACCAACUUACUACCCUGAGACAAGGCUGAGUGUAGUCCCCACACCACUAGAGGGAUAUCAACAGACCACCAACUUGCUACCCUGAGACAAGGCUGAGUAUAGUCCCCACACCACUAGAGGGAUAUCAACAGACCACCAACUUACUACCCUGAGACAAGGCUGAGUAUAGUCCCCACACCACUAGAGGGAUAUCAACAGACCACUAACUUACUACCCUGAGACAAGGCUGAGUAUAGUCCCCACACCACUAGAGGGAUAUCAACAGACCACCAACUUACUACCCUGAGACAAGGCUGAGUAUAGUCCCCACACCACUAGAGGGAUAUCAACAGACCACCAACUUACUACCCUGAGACAAGGCUGAGUAUAGUCCCCACACCACUAGAGGGAUAUCAACAGACCACCAACUUACUACCCUGAGACAAGGCUGAGUAUAGUCCCCACACCACUAAAGGAAUAUCAACAGACCACUAACUUACUACCCUGAGACAAGGCUGAGUAUAGUCCCCACACCACUAGAGGGAUAUCAACAGACCACCAACUUACUACCCUGAGACAAGGCUGAGUAUAGUCCCCACACCACUAGAGGGAUAUCAACAGACCACCAACUUACUACCCUGAGACAAGGCUGAGUAUAGUCCCCACACCACUAGAGGGAUAUCAACAGACCACCAACUUACUACCCUGAGACAAGGCUGAGUGUAGUCCCCACAACACUAGAGGGAUAUCAACAGACCACCAACUUACUACCCUGAGACAAGGCUGAGUAUAGUCCCCACACCACUAGAGGGAUAUCAACAGACCACCAACUUACUACCCUGAGACAAGGCUGAGUAUAGUCCCCACACCACUAGAGGGAUAUCAACAGACCACUAACUUACUACCCUGAGACAAGGCUGAGUAUAGUCCCCACACCACUAGAGGGAUAUUAACAGACCACCAACUUACUACCCUGAGACAAGGCUGAGUAUAGUCCCCACACCACUAGAGGGAUAUCAACAGACCACUAACUUACUACCCUGAGACAAGGCUGAGUAUAGUCCCCACACCACUAGAGGGAUAUCAACAGACCACCAACUUACUACCCUGAGACAAGGCUGAGUAUAGUCCCCACACCACUAGAGGGAUAUCAACAGACCACCAACUUACUACCCUGAGACAAGGCUGAGUAUAGUCCCCACACCACUAGAGGGAUAUCAACAGACCCCUAACUUACUACCCUGAGACAAGGCUGAGUAUAGUCCCCACACCACUAGAGGGAUAUUAACAGACCACCAACUUGCUACCCUGAGACAAGGCUGAGUAUAGUCCCCACACCACUAGAGGGAUAUCAACAGACCACCAACUUACUACCCUGAGACAAGGCUGAGUGUAGUCCCCACACCACUAGAGGGAUAUCAACAGACCACCAACCUACUACUACCCUUAGACAAGGCUGAGUAUAGUCCCCACACCACUAGAGGGAUAUCAACAGACCACCAACUUGCUACCCUGAGACAAGGCUGAGUAUAGUCCCCACACCACUAGAGGGAUAUCAACAGACCACCAACCUACUACUACCCUUAGACAAGGCUGAGUAUAGUCCCCACACCACUAGACGGAUAUCAACAGACCACUAACUUGCUACCCUGAGACAAGGCUGAGUAUAGUCCCCACACCACUAGAGGGAUAUCAACAGACCACGAACUUACUACCCUGAGACAAGGCUGAGUAUAGUCCCCACACCACUAGAGGGAUAUCAACAGACCACCAACUUACUACCCUGAGACAAGGCUGAGUAAAGCCCACGAAGACUGCAGUCCUUUCAUAAACACUUGGAUAACCACACUAAGCUAACGCUAGACACACUACUACACAGCCUCCGCCCAAUCGGCAUUGUAAGAUAGCGAUAACACUAUAUAUACUUCACAGCUUACUUACCUCCCCCAACCCACCCCUGUCUCAGCCUCCGGUAUCUAUGCUGCUAUAGUCUAUGUGCUAGGGGGCUAGGGUCAGUCUGUUCUAUCUGGAGUAAUGCAACUUCAUAUCCAAAUUCUGGAAAAUGCAAGGCAAUGUUUUGUUUUGGUGGGGAUUCCCUCUAUCAUUCUUCCUUCUCUCACACGUCUUCGUACAACCAACUCUGACCAAUCAGCUUAGCUUUGAAUGUUGUUACGUUUCUCGUGGGCGUAGUUUUGCACCUAGUUUGGCGUGGAUAAAAAGGAGACGUCUGCAACGUCACUUCCUAGUGUGGCUAAAACUGAGCAACGUUUCCAUGAAGGAAGAUUGCGCCACACUGAACACAACACUUCCUGAUCUUCAGACAUCACACAGGGUGAAGUCAUCGAUGGCUCCAUCCAUUCUUUUUACACUCUAUGAUACAACCACCACUACUACGGUUACUAUGACUACCAUCGUCAUCACCAUGGUUACUACUCUGAAAUCGCUACUUUCACUGCUAUGGUUUACGUAUAAGCUUUAAAAUGUGUUCUAUAUUUAUUUAUAUCUCAUGGAAGUUUUUUCUGUUGUUUUGAUUUGAUUUAUUGUCCACAAAGAGGGGGUGUUUUCACAAUUCAUCUGAUUGAUUUAUUGUCUUCAAAGAGGGGGUGUUUUCACAAUUCAUCUGAUUGAUUUAUUGUCUUCAAAGAGAGGGGGUGAUUUCACAAUUCAUCUGAUUGAUUUAUUGUCUUCAAAGAGAGGGGGUGAUUUCACAAUUCAUCUGAUUGAUUUAUUGUCUUCAAAGAGAGGGGGUGUUUUCACAAUUCAUCUGAUUGAUUUAUUGUCUUCAAAGAGAGGGGGUGAUUUCACAAUUCAUCUGAUUGAUUUAUUGUCUUCAAAGAGAGGGGGUGUUUUCACAAUUCAUCUGAUUGAUUUAAUCCUUCAAUAUUCUCUUUCUUCUUUUUCAUUAUUUUAUCAAUAUUUCUCUCUGUGUCUACGUGUCUUGUCUGUCCUGAAAAAGAGAAACCAAUAUAUUUUUUAAACUGUACAGACAAGGAUAGGAUCUAAUAGGAGUUAACAGUACAUCUGAAAAUACCUACAAAAACAUUCAAAAAGAUCUACAAGUUCUGGCAAGAGCAUCUGCUGACCCCUGGGCCCGGUUGCAUCAUCCGCUGACUUCUGACCCCUGGGCCCGGUUGCAUCAUCCGCUGACUUCUGACCCCUGGGCCCGGUUGCAUCAUCCGCUGACUUCUGACCCCUGGGCCCGGUUGCAUCAUCCGCUGACUUCUGACCCCUGGGCCCGGUUGCAUCAUCCGCUGACUUCUGACCCCUGGGCCCGGUUGCAUCAUCCGCUGACUUCUGACCCCCGGGCCCGGUUGCAUCAUCCGCUGACUUCUGACCCCCGGGCCCGGUUGCAUCAUCCGCUGACUUCUGACCCCUGGGCCCGGUUGCAUCAUCCGCUGACUUCUGACCCCUGGGCCCGGUUGCAUAAAACAUUAUAAGUCCAUUUUCCCCUUAAAAGUUCCUUAACUUUAAGUCAUUUACACAAAACAUUUUAAGGCAAAUUUCCCCCUUAAAUGAGGUGAAAAGGUUAAGGGUGCCCAUGAGGUCCAGUACGUUCUGCAUUCAGUAUGGAUAUCAAUGUAAACAGCAUUCAGUCUGGAUAUCAAUGUAAACAGCAUUCAGUCUGGAUAUCAAUGUAAACAGCAUUCAGUCUGGAUAUCAAUGUAAACAGCAUUCAGUCUGGAUAUCAAUGUAAACAGCAUUCAGUAUGGAUAUCAAUGUAAACAGCAUUCAGUCUGGAUAUCAAUGUAAACAGCAUUCAGUCUGGAUAUCAAUGUAAACAGCAUUCAGUCUGGAUAUCAAUGUAAACAGCAUUCAGUCUGGAUAUCAAUGUAAACAGCAUUCAGUCUGGAUAUCAAUGUAAACAGCAUUCAGUCUGGAUAUCAAUGUAAACAGCAUUCAGUCUGGAUAUCAAUGUAAACAGCAUUCAGUCUGGAUAUCAAUGUUAUCAGCAUUCAGUCUGGAUAUCAAUGUAAACAGCAUUCAGUCUGGAUAUCAAUGUAAACAGCAUUCAGUCUGGAUAUCAAUGUAAACAGCAUUCAGUAUGGAUAUCAAUGUAAACAGCAUUCAGUAUGGAUAUCAAUGUAAACAGCAUUUGAGUAGGUAAAUGUUGCUUUCCUCUACCUGGUUACAAAAGGAAAACCUCCACCAGCUAGCUAGGUAGCUAAAUAAUGGAAUGUGCACAGGCCAUGGCUACAAAGCUAGCUACAGUGCACUGAACAAAAAUAUAAAUGCAACAUACAACAAUUUCAAUGAUUUUACUGAGUUACAGCUCAUAUAAGGAAAUCUGUCAAUUGAAAUAAAUUCAUUAGGCCCUAACCUUUUGAUGUCUCAUGACUGGGGAGCCAGGCCCAGCCAAUCAGAAUAUGUUUACAGACAUUUACAGACCCCUGAGUUUCAUCAGCUGUUGGGGUGGCUGGUCUCAGACGAUCCCGCAGGUGAAUAAGACGGAUGUGGAGGUCCUGGGCUGGCGUGGUUACACGUGGUCUACGGUUGUGAGGCCGGUAGGACACGCUACCAAAUUCUCUAAAACUACGUUGUAGAGAUGGCUUAUAGUAGAGAAAUUAACAUUUGGUGGAUAUUCUUGCAGUCAGCAGGCCAAUUGCACACUCCCUUAAAACUUGAGAUACCUGUGGCAUUGUGUUUUGUGUUACAAAACUGUACAUUUUAGUGGCCAUUUAUUGUCCCCAGCACAAGGUGCACCUGUGUAAUGAUCAUGCUGUUGCAUUAGCUUCUUGAUAUGCCACGCCUGUCAGGUGGAUUGAUUAUCUUGGCAAAAGAGAAAUGCUCACUAACAGGGAUGUAAACAAAUUUGUGCACAGAAUUUGAGAGAAAUAAGCUUUUUGUGCACAUGGAAAAUUUCUGGGAUCUUUUAUUUCAGCUCAUGAAACAUGGGUCCAGCGCUUUACAUGUUGAGUUUAUAUUUUUGUUCAGUAUAGCUCCCUACUCUGUCAGUUAGCUUACAGCUCCAGUUAGCUUACCUACUCUGUCAGUUAGCUUACAGUCCCCUACUCUGUCAGUUAGCUUACAGCUCCAAUUAGUUUACAGUCCCCUACUCUGUCAGUUAGCUUACAGUCCCCUACUCUGUCAGUUAGCUUACAGUCCCCUACUCUGUCAGUUAGCUUACAGCUCCAAUUAGUUUACAGUCCCCUACUCUGUCAGUUAGCUUACAGUUCCGUACUCUGUCAGUUAGCUUAAAGCUCCGUACUCUGUCAGUUAGCUUAAAGCUCCGUACUCUGUCAGUUAGCUUAAAGCUCCCUAUUCUGUCAGUUAGCUUAAAGCUCCGUACUCUAUCAGUUAGCUUAAAGCUCCGUACUCUGUCAGUUAGCUUAAAGCUCCGUACUCUGUCAGUUAGCUUAAAGCUCCGUACUCUGUCAGUUAGCUUAAAGCUCCGUACUCUGUCAGUUAGCUUAAAACUCCGUACUCUGUCAGUUAGCUUAAAACUCCGUACUCUGUCAGUUAGCUUAAAACUCCGUACUCUGUCAGUUAGCUUAAAGCUCCGUACUCUGUCAGUUAGCUUAAAGCUCCGUACUCUGUCAGUUAGCUUAAAGCUCCGUACUCUGUCAGUUAGCUUAAAGCUCCGUACUCUGUCAGUUAGCUUAAAGCUCCGUACUCUGUCAGUUAGCUUAAAGCUCCGUACUCUGUCAGUUAGCUUAAAGCUCCGUACUCUGUCAGUUAGCUUAAAGCUCCGUACUCUGUCAGUUAGCUUAAAGCUCCGUACUCUGUCAGUUAGCUUAAAGCUCCGUACUCUGUCAGUUAGCUUCCAGUUCCCUACUCUGUCAGUUAGCUUAAAGCUCCGUACUCUGUCAGUUAGCUUAAAGCUCCGUACUCUGUCAGUUAGCUUAAAGCUCCGUACUCUGUCAGUUAGCUUAAAGCUCCGUACUCUGUCAGUUAGCUUAAAGCUCCCUAUUCUGCCAGUUAGCUUGAUGUGCUAGAAAGCCAUAGAAACCAGUUUAGAAAAAAGUUACUAAAAUUAACAUGUUUUAUUAUCUUCUGAAUCAAUUUGUUUCUCCGGUCUUGAAUGUAAAAGUUAUGGUUUGCGAUGACACUUCAGUUAGUGAAUCAGGUCAUCUCCAUGGUAACCAGAGACUCUUUCUGUCGUGCAUGCCUUCAAACUACCGUAAAACUCUUAAAUGAUGCCCUUACCUAAGGAAAUGUUUGACAGGCCCUAUGCAACACACAUUACGAAUUUCCUUAGGUAAGGGGAAAUUAUUCCUUAAGGGAAACACUAUGUUUUAUGCAGCUGGGCCCUGAACCCUAAUCCCUGACCCCACAGCUCCUCACUCUAACCCCUGACCUCUGACCUCUAACCCUAAACAACAGCUCUACCAGAGACGGAAAGGAAGCGAGACCCCCGCCCACCCACUCGCUGGUUUUGUCUGAGGUUUUUCUGGUUGAGCGCUGCCAUACCAGUUAUCAUUGCCAUUACAGUACUGCUGUUUGUCCUUCUUCCUCUCUAACCAGGAAGUGAUUCAGACCAGGUGGCACCAGGUGAGUGGACUCCCUGGCCAGUCAGUGACAUUAAAACUGAAGAGCGUCAGUGCUGCUGUGGACCUCGUAGGCUGAGGCUGAGAGUUGAAUAUCUCCACACAAUAUACCACCACACCAUGCUAUUACAUACUAUUACAGUCCGUUGUGUACCACACAUAGACCAUCUAUAGCCAUAGCAUCAUAUUUGGCAUAACAUUCCAUGACAUCAUAGAACAUUCUAAACCCUCUCAUCCCAGUGUUUCCCCUAACCAAGAGCCCUGCCUCGGCCCUGUAGCUAUAGCAGUGGUAAAGGAGAUACUACCUUCUAACCAUCAUAUCAUUCCCAGUGUUUCCCCCUAACCAAGAGUCCUGCCCGGCCCUGCAGCUAUAGCAGUGGUAAAGGAGAUACUACCUUCUAACCAUCAUAUCAUUCCCAGUGUUUCCCCCUAACCAAGAGUCCUGCCCCGGCCCUGCAGCUAUAGCAGUGGUAAAGGAGAUACUACCUUCUAACCAUCAUAUCAUUCCCAGUGUUUCCCCCUAACCAAGAGUCCUGCCCGGCCCUGCAGCUAUAGCAGUGGUAAAGGAGAUACUACCUUCUAACCAUCAUAUCAUUCCCAGUGUUUCCCCCUAACCAAGAGUCCUGCCCCGGCCCUGUAGCUAUAGCAGUGGUAAAGGAGAUACUACCUUCUAACCAUCAUAUCAUUCCCAGUGUUUCCCCCUAACCAAGAGUCCUGCCCCGGCCCUGCAGCUAUAGCAGUGGUAAAGGAGAUACUACCUUCUAACCAUCAUAUCAUUCCCAGUGUUUCCCCCUAACCAAGAGUCCUGCCCCGGCCCUGCAGCUAUAGCAGUGGUAUAGGAGAUCAUAUCAUUCCAUGCCGAUGGGUUGUCACUAGCUUCUAUACCCAUAAUGUCAUAAACCCGCCCAUUUCUACAAUUUCUCUCCUUAAAAUUAGAUUUUAAACCUAACCCUAAUAUUAACCACACUGCUAAUCUUAUGCCUAACGCUAACCUUACCUUAAGCUAAUUUUUGUAGACAAAUUUUACUUUGUGGCUGUGGAAUCUGACUUUGUGGUUGUGGAAUCUGACUUUGUGGCUGUGGAAUCUGACUUUGUGGCUGUGGAAUCUGACUUUGUGGCUGUGGAAUCUGACUUUGUGGCUGUGGAAUCUGACUUUGUGGCUGUGGAAUCUGACUUUGUGGCUGUGGAAUCUGACUUUGUGGCUGUGGAAUCUGACUUUGUGGCUGUGGAAUCUGACUUUGUGGCUGUGGAAUCUGACUUUGUGGCUGUGGAAUCUGACUUUGUGGCUGUGGAAUCUGACUUUGUGGCUGUGGAAUCUGACUUUGUGGCUGUUGAAUCUGACUUUGUGGCUGUGGAAUCUGACUUUGUGGCUGUAGAAUCUGACUUUGUGGCUGUAGAAUCUGACUUUGUGGCUGUGGAAUCUGACUUUGUGGCUAUAGAAGCUAGUGUAAACCAGGUAGACGCACCAGAGCGCCCUCUAUGUCCCCCACUGAUGACAUCACGCCGCUGCUGCUGCUUCUGCUUCUGCUGCAUGGCAACGCAACACACUCCCACAGCCAGGACCCUGGGUACUAUAUACAUCAAACACACACACAGGUAGAUGGUUGUCUCUGUGUGCUGAAUUCCAUCAUGUUGCUAUAAUGUUCUUCACAGGAGAAGAGCAGGAAAAUACACAAUGUAUAAUAAUAUAUUUAUCACAGUUAUAACAACUAGAGCUGCACUACUACUGUAUAUAAUGAAUAGUAACCCUAUAAACGUCUUUAGUCCCAAAGAAGUUAGUAGGUUGAUGUUCCUUUCUUUUUCUCAUCUGUUGCUUUUUUUUAUAAAAAAAUGAACUAAAUUAUUAUGAUUAUAAUGAUUAUUAUGAUUAGUAGUGGUAGUAUUUAUGGUUAUUAUUACGAUUGUUAUUAUUAAUGAUUAUUAUGAUUAGUAGUGGUAGUAUUUACGGUUAUUAUCAUGAUUGUUAUUAUUAAUGAUUAUUAUAUUACUUGAUCUGCUGUAUUUUCUGUCUGUUAAACCAAUAGUCUUUGCAUCGCUACAAGAGUGGAGAGACCUGUCCUAAAACAACCUCUUGGACUACUCCCCCUGACCUGCUGCAGAUACUAGGAGUAGUAGAGUUUAGUGCUUUCCAUUACUCCCCCUGACCUGCUGCAGAUACUGGGAGUAGUAGAGUUUAGUGCUUUCCAUUACUCCCCCUGACCUGCUGCAGAUACUAGGAGUAGUAGAGUUUAGUGCUUUCCAUUACUCCCCCUGACCUGCAGCAGAUACUGGGAGUAGUAGAGUUUAGUGCUUUCCAUUACUCCCCCUGACCUGCUGCAGAUACUGGGAGUAGUAGAGUUUAGUGCUUUCCAUUACAGGACUACUUAGUGGACAGAAAAUACAGCUGUCACUGUGCUACAAGGAAAACAAGUUUAAAAUAAACAAUGUUCAGAACAGUGAAUAUAAUAAAGUUAUUUGCCCGCUGAACACAAUAAUGUGAUGAUCUAUCCGAUGAGGGAACAGCUGUAUCCUGUAGAAUAACUGUAUGGAGAGAAGACAUGGCUGCUGGGUAAAAAUAAACAAAGUAUAAUUCUC